UGGCCUUUCAAGAAUUCCGUAUUUUUUCAUAUCAAAAUGCUUUGUGGGUCCAUUGCAUUAAUCAUCAUUUAUUCCUUAUGAUCAUCAUGAUAGUGGCUGUGUUCAGCUUCUUCGUUUUCUUCUUCUUGUGCCACCACCUUUUUUUCAGUCUUCUGAACUUUCCAUGACUGAAGUUAAUAGUGAGCAUCCAAGUGGUGGCAAGAGGUCUGCUGCUGAAUCCUUUGGCUACACCAAAUUCGGAUACAUGUUUGGAGUGUUCUCCAUCAGGAAUCCUCUGAAACUAGUUAUCAACUGUCUUGUUCUGCUCAAUUUUUUACAAAUCAUUAAUUCAUCCAAGGAACCUGACACUGAAGGUGGUGCUUUAAGAGAUCUUCUACUGGCACUAAAUGAUUCCAAUGGACUAAUAGAUUGGGAUCCUAAUUUAGUGAGCCCUUGCUAUAGUUGGACUCAUGUCUAUUGCAAAAACGGACAUGUUGUAUUCCUGAGCUUGAAUUCACUUGGACUUUCAGGAACUCUUUCACCUGCAAUCACUAAACUGAAGUUUUUGGUUUCCCUGGAAUUAAGGAACAAUAAUCUAUCAGGGUCCUUGCCUGAUUAUCUGGGCAACAUGGUGCAACUAAAAAAUCUGAAUCUUGCCAGCAAUAAAUUCAGUGGUUCGAUACCUGACACUUGGGAUCAGCUAUCCAAUUUAAAAUUUUUGGAUGUCUCAUCUAACAAUUUAACAGGAAGAAUACCAUAUAAACUCUUUUCAGUUGCAACAUUCAAUUUUACAGCGACUUAUAUUGCUUGUGGCCUGAGCUUUGAAGAACCUUGCCUGUCAAGGUCUCCUCUUCCAGUUUUAACCAGGAAGUCAAGACUUAAAGUAAUUGCAGCUUCUGCAAGCUGUGGUGCUUUUGGUCUACUGAUACUUUUAGUUGUCUUGGCAUACCGAUAUCAACAAUUUCACAAAGAGAAAAAUGAUGUCUUUGUUGAUGUUUCUGGCGAAGAUGACCGCAAAAUUUCAUUUGGGCAACUUAGAAGAUUUUCAUGGCGUGAGCUUCAACUUGCAACAGACAAUUUCAGUGAAAGCAACAUAAUAGGACAAGGAGGGUUUGGAAAAGUUUACAAAGGUAUCCUCUCAGACAACAUGAAAGUUGCUGUGAAACGCCUCGAAGAUUAUUACAGUCCUGGAGGAAAGGCUGCAUUCCUGAGAGAAGUUCAACUUAUUAGUGUUGCUGCUCAUAAAAAUCUUCUAAGAUUGAUUGGAUUCUGUACAACUUCAUCUGAGAGAAUCCUGGUGUAUCCAUAUAUGCAAAAUCUUAGUGUUGCAUACCACUUGAGAGAUUUAAAGCCUGGCGAGAAAGGCUUGGACUGGCCAACGAGGAAACGCAUUGCCUUUGGUGCAGCGCACGGCUUGGAAUAUCUACAUGAGCAUUGUAAUCCUAAGAUUAUACACCGUGAUUUAAAGGCUGCGAACAUCCUAUUAGACGACAAUUUUGAACCUGUUCUUGGAGAUUUUGGGCUAGCGAAGCUGGUUGACACAAAAUUCACUCAUAUUACAACUCAGGUGCGGGGUACCAUGGGUCACAUUGCCCCAGAAUAUUUAUCCACCGGAAAAUCAUCAGAAAAGACAGAUGUGUUCGGAUAUGGCAUUACACUUCUUGAACUGGUAACUGGUCAGCGUGCAAUAGACCUUUCUCGACUCGAGGAGGAAGAGGAUGUUCUUCUGCUUGACUAUAUCAAGAAGUUGCUGAGGGAAAACAGGCUUGAUGACGUAGUGGAUGGAAACUUGGAAACUUAUGACCGCAAAGAAGUCGAGACUAUUGUCCAGGUUGCAUUGCUGUGCACGCAGAGCUCACCUGAAGGCCGCCCCACAAUGGCAGGAGUGGUUAAAAUGCUGCAAGGAAUAGGUCUGGCCGAGAGAUGGGCAAAGUGGGAGCAGCAUGAGGAUGCUAGGAACCAAGAAUUCUCACUCAUGUCUCAGCAAUAUAUUUGGUCCGAAGAUUCGAGCAUUAACCAAGAAGCUAUACAAUUGUCCAAAGCAAGAUAAAGCUUCUCCAAGAUUUUUGAGACAAACUUAUCAAACUAAUGCAUGAUUACGUACUAUACGUUACCUGUAGAUUGAUGUACAUAAGCUAGAAAAUCACUGGAAAAAACAUACUAUCCCACGUGGGUGGGCAUAUAGAACAUGCCAGUUUCAUCUUCUAUGUCCUGUAUCUGUUACAAUUGCAGUAAUUAAGGAUAUGGUAUUGUUUGGUAA